GUGCCAGUCGUCUAAACAGUAAACACGUAGUGAGACAUUGGAAGAACUUAUCGGUCUGCUAUUAUUCUCGCCACUUCUCUUUUUCUGGACUGGAUUUCAUCAAAGCAAUGGUGAGGAGGAAUACGUGGAAGCGUUCACCAUCAUUUAGGAAACGUCUCUUGAACAGAUAUGAACUGAAGAACAAAUGGCAGUGGAAAGAGAAGCAGUAGACUGUGAGAACACUAUAUUGGGUGCAGAUGUAAACAACAGUGGACAUGACAAAGUAUUACCAACUGAACCAAAGAAUUACAACUAGAAAAGAAAUUAUUCUUUCUUGUGGAAAUAUGUUUUGAAAUAAUUCAAAACUUGUGUAAAGAUUCACCCCCUCAUAAGACUUUUGCCACAUGUAAUAAAAGUUUACCAGCCAUCACAAGUACAGUAGUAUAUCAGCCUGAGUAUUAUUGUUUACCAGCCAUCACAAGUACGGUAGUAUAUCAGCCUGAGUAUUAUUGUUUACCAGCCAUCACAAGUACAGUAGUAUAUCAGCCUGAGUAUUAUUGUUUACUGUACAUCAGAGGAACUGUACAUAUAACAAUAGUGUACAGUAUAUAGUUUUUGUACACUUCCCUGUUGAGUGUUUUUAUAGUGUAUGUUGUAAGUCAUAAACAGUGUUUGUUAAUGACAAGUAUAGUUAUAUGUGUAACUCAUUCUUUACACCAUUUUUCACAUUUAGUUCAAAGAGGUAUAGAGGAACCUUGUUAAUAAUGGUGUAGUCACAUCACAAACUGGAUCUUCCAUCACACUUACCUCCUCACUGUCCUCCCAUCUCAGCAUCAUUACAUCAGUGUCAGUAAAUCACAUUCACUAAUUGAUUUAUGUUUCAGUUUUCAUUGUCAAAUAUAAUUAACAGUAACAAGACAUUAAUAGUUCUUGUACAAGGAAACAGUUUGCCAGUUAAGUGUCACUAAAACCUUUGAACACGCAAUACACACAGUUUUAUAAUGGAAGUUCACUCAGAGGAACAGUCAGUCUCUCCCAGAGAAUUGUCUGUAAAAUCACAUCAAGUAACACAUGUGAAAGAUCAUACAAGAGAGAGGCCAUUUGAGUGUACAGAAUGUUUGAAAAACUUUCCACAUAAAAGUGGAUUAACAACACACAUGAGAAUUCAUAUAGGAGAGAAACCAUAUCAGUGUUCUGAGUGUCUGAAAAAUUUUUCAUUAAAAGCUUCUUUAGUCAGACAUAUGAGAAUUCAUACAGGAGAGAAACCUUAUCAGUGUUCCGAGUGUCUGACAAAUUUUUCAUUAACAUCUUCUUUAGUCAGACAUAUGAGAAUUCAUACAGGAGAGAAGCCAUUUGAGUGUUCAGAAUGUUUGAAAAACUUUCUAAGUAAAAGUUAUUUAGUAACACACAUGAGAAUUCAUACAGGAGAGAAACCUUAUCAGUGUCCUGAGUGUGUGAAAAAUUUUUCGUUCAGAUCUUCUUUAGUUGCACACAUGAGAAUUCAUAUCGGAGACAAACCUUAUCAGUGUUCUGAGUGUGUGAAAAAUUUUUCAGAAAAAUCUAAUUUAGUCAAACAUAUGAGCAUUCAUACAGGAGAGAAGCCAUUUGAGUGUUCUGAGUGUCUGACAAAUUUUUCAUUAAAAUCUAAUUUAGUCAAACAUAUGAGAAUUCAUACAGGAAAGAAACCUUAUCAGUGUUCCGAGUGUUUAAGACAGUUUUCAGGUAAAUCCUCUUUCAUAAAACAUAAGAGAAUUCAUACUGAAGAAAAACCAUUUCAGUGUUUAGAAUGUCAUCAACGCUUUUCUAAAAGUUAUCUUCUAGUAAGACACAGGAAAGUUCACUCACAAACACGUUUCGUCUGUGUAAGAUGCCUGAAAUACUUUAAAGAGAAAGAGAGUUUAAUAUUACAUGUAGAGAGAUGUUACCAGACUGACCAAGUGGUCAACUUUAAUCACUAUGAAGGUGAAAGUUGCCAGGAUUUGCACCAUGACUUGAGCUUGUCUAGCCAACCAACAGUGGAGAUGUGUGUUUCUGAAGGAGUGAAAAAGGAAACUAAUUAUGAUCCACUCUCAGUUAUUUGUGAGACUGAAGCUUCACCAGGGCCUGAGUUAAUUGACCAAUCUUCUUUAAAGAUGGAGUGCCAGGAAGAAAUAGAUAUUGUUAAGGAAGAAUUCUGAAACUUGUUGUUGAAAACUGGGUCCCAUAGGCAUGACUGCCCAUUAUAAUAGGCCAGCCAAAGAGUAAAGUCAUAUAGAAAAAAAAAUUUUUUUUUUGGUAAUAGCAGGAGCCCACCUUAGAUAAGUUGUAUUGAGGAUACCAAACAAAAUGUGGGUGGAUGCCACUCUCAAUUUUGGGUUUGAGGGUCACAUCCAAGGUCACAAAUGUCAAAUUUUGAAAAAUUCUGAAUUUUUAAUUUCGAUGGUGGCUCUAUGUAACUGUGUUUAAAGGCAUAUCAUUAGCACAUAAAGCAUAUUGUUGUAAUUUUAUUGAUAAUAAAUGAAUGGAACUAUGA